AUGUCGAAAGUUAUUUUAUCAGAAAAUCGGAAUCAAAACGAUGACAUUCAAAUUAGGGAUUAUUGGGAGCUUAAACAACGUGAAGUAAUCUCAGUUCAUGUUGGACAAGCUGGCGUACAGAUUGGAAAUGCCGCCUGGGAGCUGUUUUGUCUGGAACAUGGAAUUCAACCUGAUGGAACAAUGAAAAUCUUGAAUAAACAGCAUAUUGAUGACUCGUUUUCAACUUUCUUCUCUGAGACCGGUACUGGACGUCACGUUCCGCGCGCCAUGUUAAUCGACCUUGAACCUACUGUAAUCGAUGAGAUCCGAACAGGACUAUAUAAACGUUUGUUUCAUCCGGAACAAAUGGUUACUGGUAAAGAGGAUGCAGCAAAUAAUUACGCACGUGGACAUUACACAGUUGGUAAAGAAAUAAUCGACCUUGUUCUGGAUCGGAUCAGACGACUUGCUGAGAAUUGUGCCGGUUUACAAGGUUUUCUGGUAUUUCACUCAUUUGGUGGCGGUACAGGUUCUGGUUUUACCUCACUAUUGAUGGAACGAUUAACGGUUGAUUACGGUAAAAAAAGCAAGCUGGAGUUUUCCAUCUACCCAGCACCACAGGUUUCUACUGCAGUAGUAGAACCAUAUAAUUCAAUCUUGACGACACACACAACUUUAGAGCAUUCCGAUUGUUCAUUUAUGGUGGACAACGAAGCAACUUAUGAUAUAUGUCGUCGCAAUUUGGAUGUGGAAAGACCAUCAUAUUCCAAUCUCAAUCGUUUAAUCUCACAGGUAGUUUCUUCGAUCACAGCUUCACUUCGUUUUGAUGGUGUGCUGAAUGUUGAUCUGACAGAAUUUCAAACAAAUUUGGUACCAUAUCCACGUAUACAUUUCCCCUUGACUACUUAUGCUCCGAUAAUUUCUACUGAAAAGGCUUAUCACGAAUCGUUAUCUGUAAUGGAUAUCACUAACUCAUGCUUUGAACCAGCCAAUCAAAUGGUUAAAUGUGACCCACGCCUUGGAAAGUACAUGGCAGUAUGUCUUUUAUAUCGUGGUGACAUCGUACCUAAAGAUGUCAAUGCAGCUAUUGCCAGUAUUAAAACAAAACGUACGAUACAAUUCGUGGAUUGGUGCCCAACUGGUUUCAAAGUAGGUAUCAAUUAUCAACCACCGACAGUUGUCCCAGGUGGUGAUGUCGCGAAGGUACCACGCGCUGUAAGUAUGCUAGCCAAUACAACAGCUAUUGCAGAAGCUUGGGCUCGACUAGAUUAUAAAUUCGAUUUGAUGUAUGCAAAACGUGCCUUCGUUCAUUGGUACGUUGGAGAAGGUAUGGAAGAGGGAGAAUUCACGGAAGCACGUGAAGAUCUUGCUGCUUUGGAAAGGGAUUAUGAAGAGGUUGACUUCGAUAGUAAUAAACGUAACGAUGGUGAAGGUAUGAAUACAUUAAGAUACAUUUGGUAA